AUGAUAUUUGCAAUAGUGGGAGCUGGGCCGGAAAUUUUCUCCUCCAGCUCGAUAUUAUCGAAAAAGGAAAGUGAUGAAAAGCAUGGUGGUGAUUCGGAUGAACACUCUCCAGAAGAAUUCGUGCCAAAUGUGGAUUUUAAACCGGUGAUCCCACUGCCCUCGCUUGUUGAAGUGAAGACUGGUGAGGAAGGCGAGCAGACGAUGUUCAAAGCCCGAUCCAAGCUUUAUCGUUAUGUUGCUCAAACGGGGGAGUACAAGGAACGUGGCAUUGGUGAUAUCAAGGUGCUUUUUAAUCCGGAAACAAAACGAUAUCGUGUUGUGAUGCGUCGAGACCAAGUAUUCAAAGUAUGUGCCAAUGCACCUAUCAUUGGUGGCAUGAAAAUCAGUAAGAAACCAAAUACGGAUAACGCAUGCAUGUGGAUGUGCAAGGACUAUUCUGAAGAAAAAGAAGGCGUGAACGAAUGCUUUGUUGCGAAAUUCAAAGAUUCCAAACUUGCUGAUGAAUUUAUCGAUGCAUUCUCUCGAGCAGUGCGACAGGAGUGUCCUGCGAUGGAGUACAAGAAUACCGAUACAAACAUGGGGCUGCUUGUCAGUGGCCAGAUGAAAAUUCAUUUAGCGGACGAAAAAGGCGAAUUUGAUUGGUCGCAUAUUAUUCAUUCGGAUGACAUGAUUUGCCGCUCGGAAAAGAAUGUAGUAAAAUAUUUGGUGUUGGAUGAGAAGCCACACAGUAAGCAGUUGCUGUUGCAUUUCAACAACGAGGAGGAAUGUAACAAAGCGUUUGAUGAUCUGCGAGAGGGACUUCAUUUGUUGGAGGACGAGUCGGAGCAGGAAUCCUGA